CCAAGAUCGUUUUCUUUUCAAAGCCUUCCUUUGAUCUUCCAUUUUCCAUUCUCUUGAGACAUAUUACUAACCAUGAUUCCUACAAGAUGCCAUGAGAUCAAAGGCUCACGUCCCCCGUCGCUUAAACUCGCCGGAGGAUCCCACACAAUCAAGAAAACGACGUUGUGUAAGUCGCAGCCACGGCCACAUGGACAGGAAGGUCCGGUGAUCAUCUACGCGCACUCUCCCAAAGUGAUCCACACGCGGGCCGAGGACUUCAUGGCCUUGGUUCAGAGGCUCACGGGUCUAGAGGAUAUUAUUAGACGGAACAAUAGUUACGACGUCAGCGAGUCAUCAUCUUCCGUGGUGACGGAAGAGGUUAACGUCGGUGGUGAUCAUUACACGGUGGCACCGUUUAGCCAGGAGAGAACACAACGACAAAAGCUAGCUGAUAUGCCAUUGUUCACACCGAGCUCGAUGACCUUGUUUGGUUCUCCAACUCAACUUCUAUACAUGUCUCCGAACGGGACCGAUUCGUUUUCACCUUCGGUUUUUAAGUUCAAAUAAGACUUUUGAUUUAUAAUAUACUUCUAUGCAUGAUAUUGUUUUAUAUGUAUACUUUGGUUUGUUCAUUCGUUUGUUGAUAAGUUAUUUUACUUAGUCGUGGUUAGUUGGUGUAAAUGUCACUUGUUUCAUAAACCGAAAAAAAGAAAUGUCACUUAGUUUCUGUA